AUGAGCAACAGAUCACCCAGCGGCGCCGCCCUCGCGGUUCUACACAUCGCGGCGCUGCAGUGCGGGCAGGUCACGCAGCUCAUGGCCCCCUGCAUGCCCUACCUCACGGGCGCGCCCGGGAUGACGACGCCCUACGGCAUCUGCUGCAACAGCCUCGGAGUGCUCAACCAGCUCGCCGCCACGACGUCAGACCGCGUCGCCUCCUGCAACUGCGUCAAGCCCGCCGCCGGGGGAUUCCCCGCCGUAGACUUCGCCCGCGCGACCGGGCUCCCCGCCGCCCGCGGGCUGUCCAUCAGCUUCACCAUCUCCCCCAACAUGGACUGCAACCAGUAG